CACACAAACCAGAGGAAAACUGAGCACAGGUGCUUUACUUGCAACGUCUGCAGAACAGAGAGGAACUGAGGAAACAGAAGGGAAACAUAAGAGGCUGUCAGAAAUGAGUCUGGGACCAGCGUGCAUUUUCCUACGAGGAGCUAAAACCAUUGACCGACCGCUGGCUGAUGAGGAAAUAGACGAGUUACGGGAGGCAUUUAAUGAGUUCGAUAAGGAUAAAGAUGGGCUGAUCAGUUGUAAAGAUCUGGGCAACCUGAUGAGGACGAUGGGCUACAUGCCUACUGAGAUGGAACUGCUUGAACUUAGUCAGAACAUCAACAUGAACCUUGGUGGAAAAGUAGAUUUUCAAGAUUUUGUUGACCUCAUGACGCCAAAGCUGCUGGCGGAAACAGCUGGAAUGAUUGGACUGAAUGAGUUAAAAAAAGCAUUUAAGGAGUUUGAUAUAGAUGGUGACGGCUCCAUCACAAUAGAAGAACUGAAGCAUGCGAUGCUAAAGUUACUAGGUGAAACGGGAAACAGGAAGGAAAUUGAGGCUGUGGUCAGAGAAGCAGACAACAAUGGAGAUGGGACAGUUGAUUUUGAAGAGUUUGUCAAAAUGAUGUCUAAAAAUUGAGAAGAUACCCAAGUUGUUGAAGAGGGCAUGAAAAAGUCAAACCAGAGAAGAAACUAUCAAAACUAUUCAAGAUUACACAACUGUGUAUAUGGGAACAAUAUUUUAUACCACGCUGUGUUUACUGCUUACUCUUUGAGUGCUGUUUUACUUGAUUGUUAUAUGUACCUCAAACCCUGACGUCUCUUUAUACUUUAAACUCUGUAUAAUGAUGUCAAAAGUGUUAUGCAACAAUUUUUUAUGCAUGUCUCAUACAGUAUAUGAGAAUUGGAUUGUGUCUUUCAUUGCAACUUUUGGGAUAAAACCUAAUCAAAACUGUUUCUGUGGCUGCUUCAGUUUUGUGACAUUUUUGUGGUGUGUGUUUGUUUGUGUUUGCAUGCGUGUGUGUAUUCAUGCCAUUUUUGAUAUUGCUGUACUUUGAUCAUAUCAGCUUUAGUUCAGCUCAUCAGACAUAAUGAAAAAUGACAAAUCACAGUCUAUCUAUAGUCUCCAAUCUUUAGUCUAUGCAAGUUUAAUUACUCUGGUGCAUCUGUGUGUAAAUAUGUGUGUGCGUGCAUUUUUUUUA